UCUUCCAGAAGUUUCUAGCUCACUCACUCUGUCUGGUGUUUUUCAAGAGUUUGCAGUUGAACAUGUGACUCAAAUGGCAGCGGUCUUUUGUAAGCUUUUCCAAGAAGAGCUUUAUUGACAGAACUGGCUUGUUGGUGUAAAGGGGCAUGGAAGGAGGGUGCGGGGAAGAGUACUUUGUGGCGCUUGCUGAUAAGAAGCCCCCAAGCGUUCAUAUACAUGACGUCCUAAAAAAAAAAACACACACCUGCCAGCCUCUCCUUGAAACAUUGACUUGAUUUUUCUUCCGUUUGUCUGUGAGCUGAAUAUAAACAAGGUUUUUAAGACGAUCAAAGCGCCUGCCAGGCCAAAGGUUGUUUACUAGGAAAAUAUGAGGCUGUUGAUGGAUCAGAUGAUAUGCUAAACAGCCUCUCAAUAAGGAUGGGCAGAUCUGGGUCUUCCUGUCUGUUCGUCAGAGGUGUUUUUGAUGUGUUGCGUAAAAGUCAGUGUGUCUUAUUACACAACUUCCUGUGGCGUCGCGCUGCAUCAAAGGCAGACCAUAACGUCACAGCAUUACAUGUUCUGCCAAAUUGCUCAAGCAGACGCACACAAACACACACAGAGACUUGUUUUUUCUGUGGCACGGGAAAUUUUCCCAACACCUUGAAACACAGGACGCCUCCUUAAACUGCUGACCUACUUUGUUGCUUCUCUUUCCAACAGAAAGCGAUUGUACCUGACGAGAAAUGUUUGUCGUACUGUGAGGCAGCAGCUGCUUGUGAGUCAGAGCGUCACAUUGUAUUUUUAUUGUUAUGGGAAGUACCGUGAAUGACCCGAUAAGGCCAUAAAAGGGAGUCACUGUAGCGGCCUAUGAGGAAGAAAGGCCAGUUCAUCAGAAAAGGUUUUGACAAGAAGUGGACAAAACAAAGAACGCUGUGAUCGGAGAGCCGAGUUGAGGAAAAGCGCAAUGGCUCAAGAGACGAACCAGAGCCCCGUCCCCAUGCUUUGUGCCACAGGCUGUGGUUUCUAUGGCAACCCAAGAACCAAUGGCAUGUGCUCUGUUUGCUACAAGGAACACCUGACGCGACAGCAGAGCAGCGAUCGCAUGAGCCCCAUGAGCCCAAUGGGCUCCACUGCUAGUCCUACCUCAGAGGCCUCAGCCAUCCAGAGACUAGAAGCCAGUCUAGCUAAGGUUGACGCCUCCCCUGCCUCCUCACCAGACAUGUCUAGCAGGACUGUUCAAGGAUCUCUUCCUGUAACCCAACAGAUGACAGAGAUGAGCAUCUCCAGAGAGGAGAAGCCUGAACUCCUAGAGCCUGUUGUAAGCCAGCCUGCUGCUUCUAGUCCUUCUCCUGUAGCUUCUCCCAGCACUGAAGAAGGCAAGGGUGAAACCCCCAAACCCAAGAAAAACCGAUGCUUCAUGUGUCGCAAAAGAGUGGGCCUUACAGGGUUCGACUGUCGCUGUGGUAACCGGUUCUGUGGCAUCCAUCGAUACUCCGACAAGCACAACUGUCCCUACGAUUACAAGGCCGAGGCUGCCGCCAAGAUCCGCAAAGAGAAUCCCGUGGUUGUGGCUGACAAGAUCCAGAGAAUAUAGAUGGGGGGCGGGGGGAAAUGGUGUUGGAAAUGAGGAAACAUCUUGCGAAAGCCUGGAGAAUGAGUGAAGACCUUUGACAUGAGUGCGAGUGGCUAAAUCAAAAGGACUCGAUUCGCAAAAAUGAUGAAAAAAAAAAAAAAUCGAAAGACCCUACCUGAGGGAGAUGCAUGAAUGAUCACUUUUUUUUAUUUUCAUUAAUUCUUUAGAUUGUUUUAAUCUUGUUUUCUGUGGUGUGAAUUUGCCGCCGUUGAGUCCUUUUCCUUUUUUGUUUUCUUUUUUAAUGUGUUUUAUUAAGAGCAGACCAGGCACGAUGUCCAUGAUAUGCUGUGCUCUCUUCACCAAAACAACGUUGUCCUUUUUGUGCCAAACAGCCAUUUUUACUAAACCCUCACAACAUUCAGAUUACAGAGAAAAAGAAAUCUGCCCGCCUUGUCCUUUAAUCCUAAAGAAAAAACUUAAGCAUCACUCUUGAAUAGGAGGAUUUUUUUUUUUUUACCGUAUUUCUCCUAGCUUUACCUACCUCAGAGCUGCUGUGUUGUCUUCCCUUCUAUCUGAAUCCCUGAUUGAACCUCCAAUCAGCUCACCUGUGUUCAAUUUCAUAGUGUGGUUUUUCAUAACACACACAAAGAUCCCCACUCUUCAACCAAAUCUGAACAACAAACCCGACUUGGAAAAAUGGUCCCAGAUCUGAUUAUAAUCGAUCGACUGGUGCCGGGGCUGAGCGCUAAUGAUCGGCCUGAGAGGGCAGGCGCCGGCACGCGUUCCUGAUGUUCCAGGUGCGCAAAUUUCAAAUGUUGCAAGGGGCAUAAAUGAAUGGAAUAAAUGCAUGAGUUGCUCUUCAUCUUCUUUAGUGUUUCUGAAAUAUCAAUCGCCUUAGGGAUUUUUGGGGGCGUUUUAUUUCCAGAGACAAUUAUCUGAUUUUUAUUUUAUCUAUUUCUUUUUUCCUUCUUCCAUUGUACUGAUGUUGGCGCAUGGACUUGGUGCAUUUGUGGAUUUUUCCCUCUUUUUUUUGCGCUAACACAACAGUCAUGUGAGCACAGUGUGUGUGUGUUAUUACGUGGGUGUGUCCCUCUUCCUCCCAUCCUUUUUAGCUGUGGAGCUACCCGGUUUAUCAGCACAUGUUUACAGAAGUACAGGAGCAUGCCAGAGCUAGAUUAAUGAAAAAUAAUAGAAACUGAGAUUAGAUGUAACUUCUCAUCUGUCAAGCGUUUAUCGAUCUAUAGAGCGCGAGUGUGCAUUUGUGCGUGUGCAUGUGCACUUCCCUGUGCAACAAAAAAAAAGUGUGUUUUCAUGGCUGCCUGACAUGUAUGUUUGUGACUUGUUACUUUUCCCCCCAGUGUGGAUGCUUUUCAUUGAAAUAACUGAGUUUUUCUUUUUUUUGAUUCUUAGUUAUAUGCAAAUUUGUACAAAAAAGUGAAAAAAAAAACAAACAACAAACUGUGUUGAUAUUUAUGUAUUGCAUAUAAUCUUGCUAUCCAGCAUUACAACAGAAUAGUAUCAUGUAAAUAAAACUGUACAGAGAGACAUAA